AUGCCCACCUCACUGGAUGCCGAGCACACAGCCAAGCUCGAGGCGGCUCGCGCGCUGCAGUCAACCUUGGAGAACACACGGCUGCAUCUCAUCGAGUACCGAGACCAGUUUGAUUCCCAACAGAACUCGGGCGAAAGCGAGAUAGCGCAGCUCUUCGAGGGCAGAGCGGGCCUCACAGACCCUGCCAUCGUCGGGGUUCACAGUGCUGCGCAAAUGACAUUCCUCAGGAAGCUCAAGGUACAAUAUCUAGAGCAGAAGGCGAAAGACCAGUACAUCAAGACGAUUGUCAGCGAUGUUGCACCGAAUAUCAACGCCGGGGACAACGAGAACCUCCGCUUGGCGAACGAACGGAAGAAAGAAGCGCUUCGGAUGGCGAAGUCUCGGCUUGCGGAGAAGGAUAGUGAUAUACGGAAGCUUGCUCCUCUUGUGGAACAAGACUUCAACAAAGCCAAAGCUCUCACCUCCGAAGCAGCAGACCUCGCAAAGAAGAUCCUCGAUGCGCGGCUGCAGCUCACGCGUUUGCGGCAAGCGUACCCGCAUCCGCGGCUUACAGUGCAGUCCGCCAAGACCCGGCUCGACGAGCAGAUCACGGAGAUGCAGGACCUUGCGGACGAGAUGCAGAAUAUCAAUAAGAAGUCAGACCGCGUGAAGAGCGAGGUCAAGGAGGGCGCGCGCGAGGUGGAGCGCCUGCGUGUCGAGCGCGCCGAGCUGGAGAAGCAGGCUCGUGCGGGGGAGAGGGACGUGAAGGACCCAAGGGUGGUUGGGCUAUGCAAUUGGUUCAACUCAUCCCUGAAGCUACAUCGCUCGCUACAUUCCCUCGAAUCGUACCGCUCUGCCUCCGAGAACGAGUUGCACCUCACCUACUCUAUCACGCCCACGAAUGCGCCUGGCGCGGCACCACGAAAGGUCCGCUUCAUCCUCCUCUUCGUGCCCAACACCUGGCAGCUCGCCGAUGUGCAGAUCGAGGGACUGGCUGGAGAUGCUGGAGAUGUCGUCGCCGCGCACAUACAGUCGAAUGAUGUCCCCGGGCUCAUUGCUUCUGUACUGUCGAGAGCUAGAGCCGGCUUGUAG